CAGUCUUUCUAUCUCCUAUUAAUUCACAAACAUAUAGUUCUCAGAAACUAAUAUUUGAAAAAAAUGGAUUCCACGCCUAAUCAUACCCAAAAACCACAUGCUGUAUUCAUACCAUUUCCAGCACAGGGUCAUGUGAAUCCUUCAAUGCAACUAGCCAAACUCUUUCGUUGCAAUGGUUUUCACAUAACCUUUGUGAACAACGAGUUUAAUCACAAACGUUUGAUUAAAUCUCUGGGAGAAGAGUUUGUGAAAGAUCUCCCAGAUUUUCAAUUUGAGACCAUACCUGAUGGUUUACCAGAAUCGGAUAAGGAUGCAACACAAGAUAUUCCAACAUUGUGUGAUGCAACUAGGAAAAACUGUUAUGGUCCAUUCAAAGAGCUUGUGAUGAAGCUCAACACUUCAUCACCUCAUCCAGUUAGUUGCAUAGUUGCUGAUGGCACUCAUGGCUUUGCUGGAAGAGUGGCUAGAGAAUUGGGCAUUCAAGAGUUACAGUUAUGGACAGCUUCUGCAUGUGGCUUUGUUGGAUAUUUGCAAUUUGAGGAACUUGUCAAAAGAGGAAUUCUGCCAUUCAAAGAUGAAAAUUUUAUUGUCGAUGGCACCUUGGAGACAAGUCUAGAUUGGAUCUCCGGAAUGAAAGAUAUCAGAUUGAAAGACCUUCCAAGUUUUAUAAGAGUCACUGAUCUAAAUGAUACAAUGUUUGACUUUCUGGGUUCUGAAGCACAAAAUUGUUUGAGGUCAUCAAAAGUCAUCAUUAACACAUUUGAAGAAUUGGAAGAUGAAGCUUUCCAGACUCUUAGGGCCAAGAACCCAAACAUAUAUAGCAUUGGACCGAUUUCCCUGCUUGGUAGGAAUUUUCCUGAACAAGAGAAUGGUUUUAAAGCAAAUGGUUCAAGUUUCUGGAAAAAUGAUCCAGAAUGUAUAGAAUGGUUGAAUAAAUGGGAAGCUUGCUCAGUACUUUAUAUUAAUUAUGGAAGUAUAACUGUAAUGACUGAUCAUCACUUAAGAGAGUUUGCUUGGGGGAUAGCAAAUAGCAAGUUACCAUUUUUAUGGAUAAUGAGAUCAGAUGUGGUAAUUGGUGGAACUACCACUUUGCCACAGGAGUUUCUAGAUGAAGUUAAAGAUAGAGGGUUCAUAACUAGUUGGUGCUUUCAAGACCAAGUUCUUGCUCAUCCAUCAGUUGGGGGAUUCCUAACUCAUUGUGGUUGGAAUUCAACACUUGAAACUAUUUCUUAUGGUGUGCCUACUAUUUGUUGGCCUUUCUUUGCAGAACAACAAACAAAUUGUAGGUAUUUAUGCAACAAUUGGAAAAUAGGAAUGGAAAUUAACCAUGAUGUUAAAAGGGUGGAAAUAACAAAACUUGUAUUGGAAAUGAUGGAAGGAGAAGAAGGAAAAGAGAUGAGACAAAAGAGCUUAGAGUGGAAGAAGAAAGCUACAACUGCUACAAAUUUGGGAGGAUCAUCAUACAAUAAUUUUCAAAAGUUAAUCAAGGAGGUUCUUCAUCACAAUGAUAUUUGAGUCCUAUUAUAAUCAGUUCUUCAUUACAAUGACCAAGCAGGAGCAUCCUACAAUAAUUUCCAUUAGUCGGUAGAUGAGGUUCUUUAUCAUAAUAGAAUGCAUAAUUUCCAUUUUCUUAUUUUUCAAUAAAUGUCAUGUAGACUAUUCUUAUUUUAGUAUUAUCUUGCAUUAGUGUUGGGAGGUAGUGCCUUUUUACCUUUAGAAUAUUUUAGUUAUGCCAUAGAAGCAAAAAUAAAUGUGUGGUUCAUGUAUUGAGAAAUUUUAUUGGACAAGGAUUCAUCAAUGAUUUAUCUAGUGAUUGUUA